AUGUCUGCAAGCCGCCUAUAUGCACCUCUGGAUCGGUCACGGCGAGAAAUCCGCCUUAUCGAGAUUCUCUCCACCAACCCGAAAAUUGUCUGCAACCUUACCACCGUGUCGUUAGACGAAGAUCCAGAAUUUAGCGCGAUAUCGUAUCUAUGGGGUGACAUAGGAAAGAUCAAACCAAUCAGUGUCAACGGCGCUGAACUAUUCACUACCCCGAGUCUUGCAAAUGCACUGGAAUAUGCGCCUUAUCACUGGAAGAAUACAUUUCCCGAAAGAGAACCCAAGUCAUGCCGACUUUGGGCAGAUGCACUCUGCAUCAACCAAGACGAUGAUCUUGAAAAGGGGCAUCAAGUGCAGCUGAUGAGGUUUAUUUAUCCCGUCGCAGAGAUUGUGUUUUCCUGUCUGGAUAUAGAAGCUUCACAGCCGGAUGUCCGUCUCACAUUCAAGGCUUGCGAAACGCUUGCCAAAUCUGCCCUUGAACGUGGCCUUGUUCGUCCGCCCUACGAGUUCUAUUCUGACAUCGAAGAAAACGAUGGAAAAAAUUUGGAUUGGCUUCUACAGCAUCCGUUAUUGGACGAGAAGUAUCCAAUCAACUCUCAGGAGUUCAGUGAAGCAGAGCAGGCCAUGUCACGAACAUUACGACUAAGAUACUGGGAGCGAGCUUGGAUUUUCCAAGAGUUGGUGCUUUCGAAGCGAGUCGUUGUAAUCCAUCAGCUUGAAUCAAUCAACCUGAAACUCUUGCUGGAUGCACAAUCUUGCGUUCAGCUUCUCAAAGAAGCGGCAGUGGAAUCAAAGUCGAGCCGAGCCCACCAGUACUUCUGGCAUUCGUACUGGGGGAUCUUCUCGACGCCAAGACAAGUAGAAUGGGCACGAGCGUGUGUUCAUGCAGGAACAAAUGCAGACGAAACUAUACUUGGAGAUAUGCGGAGCUUUCUUCCUCUUGUUGGCGGCGAAUAUGGUGCCAAGGACCCAAAAGAUCACGUUUACGCCUUACUUGGAGUAACAACUCUCGACAUCGAGCCAGAUUAUACCAGCAAGACUCCCGUUGCGUCAGUAUAUAUUGCAGUAUGCGCGGAGAUUCUAAAAUCGCAACCCAUGCGGGAAGGCUGGCCGCUUUGCUUUCUUUCAGGAGCAGGUCUCGCACACCAGGGAGAACACCAGGAAUAUGAAUUGCCGUCUUGGGUGUACAACUUCCCCGAGGCGUUCAGCGCAACUAAGUCACUCCAGCGGCUGUUCAGAGGCUAUGAUGAGCCAAAUUACGACAAUCGGCAAGAGUGGAACAACGUCGAAGCAGCGAGUAUUCGUGGAAAUAGUUUGACCUGUUCUGCAGUAUUUUUUCAUACCGUCAUUGAUUCAAGUCCGACUUUGUAUGAACCGCAGCAUACGUGGUUGAACUUUGUCUCAGCUGUUUUCAGAAUGAUACACCAGCCCAUCAGGAAUGCAGAAGACUCUCAUCCACUUUGGACACUUGCCCGAGCUUUCGGGGCCGAAGAGUUUCAUGCAGAUGUAUGGGAAACACCUACUGUCACUCGACUGAUUCGAAUAUUUCAAUAUCUCCUAUUUCUCUGCCACGUAUCGAUCAAAGAUGACCAAACACCUGAAGCCUAUACAGCCAAGAAGGCCGAAGCAGUUGCAGACGAUAUUCUGGACAAGUUGGCCGAAAUCGUCUUGAAACAAGAGAACAAACAAGCGGAAGAAGAUUGUAACAGAAACGAAAAUAACAUACAGAACUGCCAGGAAUUCAUAUCUCAGAUGAGAGAUAAAGAUUCAUUUUGGAAAGACAUCGACGAGCAACGAGUCCAACCAGAUAUCAGUGCACUUUUGAAGUUGGAGCCAACAAUCGGUCUCACAGAGAGUGGCGAGUUUGUCGUACUUCCACGUGUGGCAGAGAUAGGAGACCAAGUGGUACUAAUUCCAGGACAUUGGCAGCUCUCAUUGGUACGGAAAGUGAACAGCCACUUUGUCCACGUCGGGGACUGUUGGUCUUCCAGACCAAUGCAAGAAGUCGCGGAACUGGCCCGCGCAAAAGAAAUGAAAGUGAUAGAGAUACGGUGA